AUGAUCCGACAAUUUAUUACUGCCGCUGCUCCGGCGGCGCGCCUCGCGUCCCCAACCUCAGUCGCAACUCUCAAGAGCCAAGCCAGCAGACAGUCAACAUGGCUCUACGCUAACUCAACACCGCUCUCCCUUCGCUCCUCCCGACUCUUCUCCAGCACGAUCCCGACGCCUUUCGCAUCCUCCGCAGUCCAAAAUGCUUCGCCCUUCCGCCUCUCUACCGACAAGCACAAGCCCUUCGAAUACCCUGAAGAAGAUCCCUACAAUGCCUACAAGCCUAAGCGUCAAUGGCCCCCGGAUAUGUCUAAGCUCUCCCCGAAGCAUCAGUUCCGGCUGGAGCGCAAGUAUCGGCGUCGCGCUGCGCUGAAAUAUGCCCGGCCCAAGUUCAUCAAGAUGGUCACCUUGACACAGUGGAUUAUUAUUGGAUUUGUCGCGAUCUAUGCGGUACUCUUCAUGAACUGGGAUACCAAGGAUACACCGUUUGAUGGGAUUCGAGAGGGCGUCUUCUCGGGCAUUUCAGCUGUGUUUUCCAGCCCUCCCCCUCCCGGCCCGGUCAAGAGAGCUGAUGGUAACAAUGGAGCUGAAUCACAAAACGGUAAAUGA